UUAAACCUGAGUGCUAACUGCUAGGCACCGACUCCAUGACUUAACUCCGAAUCAAAUCUCAGUCUCGGCUCCCUAUUUUAUUCUGUGAGAACUGCUUGUGAUCUCUUUUUCCGCCAAACAAACAUGUGAAAUUCAAAUAUUUCAAUAGUACAAUUUACAUUUGCCUUCCUAUUUCUUGCAUUUUCUCGGCAUCCAAACGGACCUUAUUUGAAAUUUGUUGUUGACCAAUCUAUUACAUUUUGUAACAAGUCGCGGAAUCACAGAAGCAGAGAAGCUGAAGCUCUGCUGAUAACAAAUCAUGAGUUAUAGAAGAGAACACCGUGCUUGCAGAGCAUCUCUCUUUGAUGACUAUGAUGGCCUUGAGGAAGGUGGCCUUAAGGCCUCCUCCUCAUACUCCCAUGAAGUUAAUGAGCAUGACAACGACAAAGCACUUGACAGUUUGAAAGAAAGAGUUGUUUUUCUGAAGAGAUUAACAGGUGAUGUACAUGAGGAGGUGGAGAGUCAUAAUCGUUUGCUUGACCAAAUGGGCAACAGCAUGGAUGCAUCGAGGGGUAUAAUGUCAGGAACCAUGGAUCGGUUUAAGAUGGUGUUUGAGAAGAAAUCCAACCGGAGAAUAUGUACACUUGUGGCAUCUUUUGUUGUUGCCUUCUUAGUUAUAUACUAUCUCAUUAGGGUUCUCAUGCAUGGUUGAAGCAGAAAUAUAAAAAGCUUGGUUGCUGAAAUCUGACGUUAGGUGAUGGGAAGUUCCACCGAGUGCAAUCAUGUGAUUUGGAUGUGUCCUAGACCUUUUUUCUUUUAAUGAGAAUGUGGUGUAAAUCCACUCAUGGCGCCAUAGAGAUUUUCCCUCAGCUUACAAAGAAUGGUUGGACGGCAAGAAUAUUCAGAACAUGUUGACCAUUUAUGUCAUGUCCUGUUUGCCGACAAUUUGUUGUUGUCAGUACUUGUACAGUUAUAGAUGAGAGAUAGAUGAUAGUCUUUUAUUUUUUUUUUGCCUGGAAUCUGAAAAAGUUGCCUUUCCUUUU